AGACCGCCUUGAUUAUCGCUUUGUAUCACAUUAACAACUCAACAUGGAGAACCUGCCGCUCAAGGACAGCCAGCUGCCGAUGCCAAGAAUUCAAAAUGUGCUUUGCGGACUUAGCAUGUCCGCUUACGAUACACUCUACAAGCACCUAAAAGAUGAAGGAAGCGUGGGCGUUGCACGUCUGGCUUUCCACGCGCUGCGUGAUGCUAUCGACGUCUGCGUGCGCGACUUAGCGCUACAUGUGAACUAUAGGCAUCGGCGACCAUCGGACGAGGCCUUGGCGCCCUCUCUAAGGCGCUGGCCCUGCUGUGAAGCUAUCCGGCUGGAGCUGCGCCAGCUCGAUGCGAACAUCGUCAGCCCGGAGGACAUCGCAGAGCUGGUGGCGCUGCUGUUUGUAGACGUGCCGCUAGCAGCCAGGCAGCGCAUCAAGCGAUUCAAGAUCAACUGGGACGGCUGUGUGGACAUCCAGUUGGCUGUAGCGCAGCUGCCGCUGUGGCUGCCCGCCCUGAAGGAGCUGGACCUCUCCGACGAUUGGCCGCUCCUGAACGAUUCCCCACGGCGGAUGCAGAAGCUGAUGUACCUCGCUCUUUCGAACCUUCACAACUUGGAACGGCUUAUGCUGCCAGGGUGUAAGGCGCUGGAGGGUGUGGGCCACCUUGCGGCAUGCAGCAGCCUGACAAGCUUAGCAUUUACCGAGCCGUAUAUGAUUGGGAGAUUGCCGGCGCACAAUCUGACCACUGCUCACAUUAGUGAGUUGUCCAGGCUGCAGCAGCUGCACUUAAUGCAUUGCAACCUGCCAGUCGACAAGGCGACAGGCACGUCUGAGAUGCUGCAGCUGCUGCUGAGCAGCUUGCCGCCCUCCCUGCGGCACCUGCAGCUUGAGGAUUGCGUGAUUGACGGCUCUUUUCAGGACUUCGACCGCACGCAGACCUUGGACUUCCAGCUAGAGGAGGGCCAGCUGCGGCUCAUACAGCUAGAUUGUACCGACCUUGAAAGUCCGGCAAUGCCGGUACUCCUGCGCAGCAUCCCACAGCAGCAGCAGAAGCCACGUCUGGUUAUCGGCGAACUGCUCAUAGAGUAUGAUGAGCAGCUGUCCGAUGAGCAGCUGGCCGGUUUUCGCGAGAAGCCGCUGUGGGAGCACUUUGCAGCUACAGAGGUGAAGGCCAUGUGUGCCUGCCAUGAGAUCUAUGACUGCUAUGGGCGUGUGGCUGCAGUGCUUCAAGCGGCGGACUUGCUGGGCCCGCCUCAGGAGUUCCAGUUCGAGGUCCUCGGUGACUUUACGAUAACGGUGUCGCCUUCCGGCCCUGCACUGCUGGAUGGCGACAUGCAGCAGUCGGGGCUGGCGGCGGCAGGUGGCCGGCGGCCGCUGCCCUCAGCGGGUGAGCUGCUGCUGAGUGUGAUGCGGCGUGCAACGGCAGCAGCGGCUCAGGAUGCCGGCGGGUGUGCUGGCAGUGGCUCGUCAGGGGAGCAUUUGCUGUGGGUGAGCGGCCCGCUCCUGGAUCAGAUGCUUGAGGGGGACGAGGGGGGGUGGCCGAGGGCAUCGAUCGAGCGGUGGAUGAACAGGCUGGAGGAUCGGGCGGUGCAGUCGACGGGGGAUGGCAGCGAGCGCUGCGUGGUGUGGUACCAAGAGCUGCCGGCUGCACGGGCAGUGGUGAUGCAGUGCGACGAGAAGGCGGCAGCGGAGGCGGUGGAGGCAGCUGUGAAGGAGCUGGCGGUGGAGGCGGGGACGAUCGGGGCAGCAGCAGAGGGGCUGGAGGCGGCUGCACCGCUGCAGGUGCUGCGGCUCUGGUCUCGGAAGAAGUCUCCGAGGGGCUUCAUCGGUUUUGGCUGCGUGCGUGACGCCUUUAUAGAGGCCAUUCAGCAUGCGUGGGACGGCGCCUGGGAGCCCAGCGUAGGUGGCAUCGGGCAGAGGCGCUUGGGGUGGCUGCUGGCGCUCGUCGACGAGAUCUGCUCCCGGGGCCGGACAGUACGGACGCUGUAAUGACGAGUCGUGCUGGCGGUUGGUGCACUGGCUGGGGGUGGAGUGGGACGGGAUACGACCGUUUAGGGUUGGGGUAUGUAAUGCAGGCGUGGGUUAAGGGCGGUGUCAUGUACGGAUGCAGGAAGGCAGCAGGAGGACGUGGGCUGUGUGCGGGCGACGCGUAGGUUUUCUUGUAGCAGUGAAGUGCAUGCAAUAGGUUAAUGAGUUAAUACUGUUAAUAAGUUCCAUACUGGCAGGGCAGCAAUUGUCGUGCGUCUAGCGUGCUGGAGAUAGGUAGCUGUGAAGCUCCCUAUUCCUGCUGUGCUGGUGUCGGGUGUGUGUGCCAAAUGCGGCGCUGCUGUGUAUAUGUAUGUUUGGGCAUGCAUGGCAAAGAGUCGCGGAUAACACGGGUGUGAGGCUGCAGGCAGGGUUCCUUGCAUUCAUGUAUCAUGUUCCUUCGCACCUUUGAACCUGUGGAAGGGUGCCCCGGGAAUGGGGUUUUGAGCUGUGCGAGAGGAGGAGCAGGAGGUGGUGUUAGUUGGCUGGAUGUUUGCUGGAGUUCACCACGCGUUCAGGGCGUUCCCGUGUUCCAUCGGGUCCCCGUCUUUGAGCCCUCGUCCUGCCAGCUGUCUUGGUUGUCAGUACAUGCUGGG